CAUCAUGUCUACCAAUAAUCUACCUCCGUUCCCCUCUAAUGUGCCAACAGCUCCUCUCGUCCGUCUCUCGCUAUCCAAACUACAAUCCCACGAUGUUGCAGAAUCCCAACGACUCCUCCAAGCAUGUGAAGACAUCGGAUUUUUCUACCUCGACCUUCAAGACUCCACGAUAGGCGCCAAUCUACUCACCCUCGCGGAUGAGCUCUUCACACUAGGCGAGAAUCUCUUCUCCCUUAGCCUAAAAGAGAAACAGAAAUUCGACUUUGCCCGUCAAGACUCCUACCACGGUUACAAAGCACAAGGUGCUGUCGUAGUAGAUCGACAAGGCAACCUCGACGCCAAUGAGUUCUACAAUGUCUCCAAAAACGACAUCCUCGACCUCAUCCCCCCUCUCCCCUCUCCUCUCCUCCUCCGCCAUUCCCGGCCAAUGCUCAAAUCCUUCAUCCACACCUCCCACACCAUCACUAUCCUCCUCCUCAACCACCUCAACACCCACCUCUCCCUACCCCCCUCCACCCUUCCUAACCUCCACCGCCUCUCCGCCCUGAGCGGCGACCAAGUCCGCUUCAUCAAAUCCCCUGCCCCUGUCCACUCCUACUCCACCCGAAAAGCCACCUCCACCCCCACCAUGGGCCCCCACACCGACUUUGGCACCCUAACCAUCCUCUUAAACCGUCUCGGUGGUCUCCAAGUCCUCUCCCCAAACAGUGAGGAAUGGACCUAUGUGAAACCGCUCCCCGGUCAUGCGAUUGUCAACCUAGGUGACGCGAUGGUGAAGUUUACGAAUGGGAGGUUGCGGUCGAAUGUUCACCGAGUUAUGAGGCCGCCAGGGGAACAGGGGGGUUGUACGAGGUAUAGUGUGGUCUAUUUUGCGAGGGCGGAGGAUGAUGUUCCGCUCAGACGGUUGGAGGGGGAGGGGAUUCCGAAGGAAGAAAAGGGAAAGGGAAAGGAGAAGGUGGUGAGUAGUAAGGAGUGGGUGUUGAAAAGGGCGUUAGGGAGGAGGGUAGACUUGGGGAAGGGAGUGGAUUAUGAUGGAACAAGAGGGACGGAGGGGGGCAGAUAUUAGUUCUACAUAUAAUGGCGGUUUGAUCUCUAUAUAAAGGUCUAUUCUGUCUUGAUUGCGG